UUCCAAGGUCUUCUUAAGGAACGCAAUGAGUUGAUGGAAGAUGUUCGGGCGGAUGAUCAGGAGAGACAUCGAUUGACAGACAGAAAUCAGAAAAUAAAAAAUGAACUGAACGCUGUUCACGAACUGGUCAAGAACUCUAGCAGGCAUCUGGACAGAAUUUGUACUUUGGAAGACGAGAACAGACAACUCCGACUGCGGUCAGCAGAGAAGGAGAUGGCACUAGAAGCUCUGCAGAAGCAACUGACUGAGGAGAAGCAGACCCACGCCAAGGCGCUGCAACAGACGAGGGAGGUGGUGGAAGAAAGGAUGGUCAAGGUCAACGAAAGGCUAAAGACAGAAGCUUCCCUUGAACGUGAAUUGCUGCAGCGGCAAGUGGCGGACCGAGAGAGGGACCUGAGGAAGUCUGAGGACAACCUGAAGAAGCUCCAGAACAGCAAAGAUGCGGAACUGUCCAGGGCGUCUCUAGAGUACGAAGGCAAGCUGGCCCGCCUGCAGCGACUAAAUGCACUUAGUAACCAGAACCAGACAUCCUCUGCCAACAGCGACAUCUUCAGAAAGAAACUUCAAAACAUGAAGAACGAAUACGAGUCGAAGUUGUCCCACCUGAGGCUGACCAUAGCAGGAUUGGAAGAGAGGCUUGCAGGGGCCAAUGCCCUGCAGGCGGGGAGUGUCGCCCAACAGACUCAACGGCAGAGGCAGACAUUAUCCAUGGGGAAGAGAAAACGGAUAUCAUAGCAU